UCUGCUCGAUCAUGGUGUGUAUCUCGUAGCUCAAUAUUUCCUCUGUGUUUCUUUCUACGUAACAUCCUCUCGAAAUAAUAUCGUUCGUUGAAGUUUACGACUACGAUAUAUCGGUGUAACGAAGCUUAUGAGAAGAUCUCUUUGACGUCUGCCUAAACAGAAGAAACAUUAUUUUCUUUGCUUGCCUACAACGUUCCCUUUCGAAAUGCAUCGCCAUUGCAGACUCCCCUGUCCUGCUUCUCUAUACUUUUGUCGAUAUUUUUUCUUGGUAAGGCAAGAAAAUAUUUUCUACUACUGGUCGUUGCUGAUGCGAUUCUUUAUACAACAUUAAUUUUCGAAGUAUUAAAUGAUAGAUCUGAGCGGUGAGCCUAUGUCGCACUUUCGAGAAAAAUCAAUCCGACAAACAAUAUUUGGAACUAAUUUCAAUCGUUGCUGAGUGAAGAUACAAAAAUUCGUCGGAAUAUGUAGCGCUUUUUUUACUCAAUCUUUCCUACACAUUAGCGUAUUCUUCGUUCUUUUAGAUUUAUCAAAGAAACUGAUUAAACUUUUCUAGUGAUUGUGUCAAAGACAAUAGAAUGUAGCAAAUGGUUAAACAAACUCGUUACAAAAAUCUGAAGCAGAUUGUCUGCGACGGACUGAAUGCGUGAAAAGAAAUUAAAUGAAUUGUGAAAUGCAUAGUUUAAUCGAAAGGUGCUUUUCUAUCCGGCAUUGCCUUACGUGUGGCCAGCCAGGAUAGUUCGCUAGUACGCCACACGGAUGUGACUAUCAGGUCCCUGCGCAGUAGGAUGGGUUGUGUGGAGAGCCACCCUGACUCCAACGACAUGCACGCCACCAUAUUCCAGGUGGAGAAGUACGACGAACACGGUCAGCGCCAUCGUUCCGUGAAGCUCGAAGUCACCGACACCAAUAUUGUUCUCUACAAUAAGAAUAGAACAGCAAUACGAUGGCCUUUAAGAUGCCUACGAAGAUAUGGCUUCGAUGGCGAGACCUUCACAUUCGAGUCUGGGCGACGAUGUCCUACAGGUCCAGGGAUCUACACCUUUAGAUGUCGGAGAGCCCAGGAUCUUUUCAACAUGCUUCAGCUCAAGAUUCAGCGAAUAGCUGAGCAGUCUUUUUCUCAUCAUGUGCCAAUAUUAAUGCCGCAUGAUGAUUACUUGAUGCCCGUACCAGGCAACAGACUAAGAUCUGACUCGCUUGCAUUGCCCGGGAACAACAUGGCCUCCAUGACCGGACACAGUAUAGUUUUAGCUCCGUCAUUACCAACAACCACUCUCAUCAACGCCAAUUCAAUUAACUCACCAAUAGCAUCUCCUAAUUCUCCGGUAAGUCCUUCAAAUGGGACACUGUAUAUAAAUAAAUCUGUGCUACCACAUGAAAACGUCAACGAAGUCGAAGGAGGAGCAUAUGCACCGCCUCCUACGCCUGCCCCGGAGGGCAUCAGGAUGGAUGCCGUGUGUCCGGUUUGGAUUAACUGCCAUGACAGAUCUGUGUCAUACUCCAACAACGUGGCAGACAGAAUUCCUUCUCAUCUUGGUUCCAACAUUGAUCGACAUCUUUCUUCUUCGUCUUCUUUGAAUCACGUCGAGAGACCUCUUUCUUUUGUCGACCAGGGCAGCGAUGCGCCACAAUUCAUUACGCAAGGAAUCAUGUCUGAAAGCUACGAGUCCAACAGCACGAGUUGCACGCGCACGCCUGACAUUUCUGAGUCUACAUGUCAUGUUUACAUGAACAUUGGUUCUGAUAACAGAAAGGAUUUGGAUCGUCUCUAUGCUAAUAUGGGAUUCGACAAAGAGAUUCCAAGUGUGCCUCCAAGGUUAUCAGUAACCACAGGCUCCGCUGGUUCUGGAUCAUCUCAGUCAGGGACUACCACCACUGACAUCACCCAACCAACGUCUCAAAUAAACUACAUCGUCGUCGACGUUGAUAAAAGUUCAGACUCUUCUCAGGUUCCGCCAUUUAGUCCCAUUGGUUCUAUUACUUCUGGAUUACCAGAAUCACCUCCAUGCCGGUCAGUUGCUGGGCGCUACGCAACUAUUGACUUCGAAAGAACUGAAGCUCUCACCAACACAGCGAAGCUUGCUAAUUGCCAUGCAAAUGGCGGCCGGCACAACUCUGUUUUCUUGGAUUCUCCUGACGUGAUCUUGCCAGUGAGUGGCAGAAGACACAAUUCUACGGUGUCUGCAGGAAUAUUACCGUUCCACAAUAAUUCCUGCUCAGAAUAACGAUGUUAACAAUUGCUCAUUGAUUUGUUAUUUUUCUACGGAUUUGGAGUGUAGUUCUAGCGAUGCAUGAGCACUGAAGUGAAACAUCGAAGUUUGUCUACUGAUACGUACAGCAUUGCUAAAAAUUACGUUUAGUUUCCGUAGGCUUAAGAUUUUCCUGAUUAUUCAGGCUUGAUUAUUAUUUAAUUUCGUAUCACUCAUUCCGUAACGCAGCUUUGAAGUUUACAUUCUCUUCUCGUAUCCAUUUGGUCGUCAACGGAGAGAAAAUUUCAUUUUAUCCGCUGAGGAUGGAACACAUCGCCGUGAAAUUUAUUGGCGCUCUGGUUAAUAGGCAAUAAUAAACAAUUUAUUCAAUAAAAAUAUUGAUAAAAAUUCCUUGCCACAUACUUUCAAAUAUUCAUGUGACUGUUAAGGGGGAAAACCUUGUAUUUAUUUAAUUAUCAGUACACACUAUUACUAAUUAUCAGUAGACACUAUUACGUUGUUUCGUGCGCAUGUUUGAGAUCGAUGAUAGGUACUUCCAGAAUUUCUUCUAAGGGGUCAGUGCUUUACGAUUCUUAUAAUCCCCAGCACACAAACUUCAUAUCAUUGCAAGGCUAUUUUAUAUCAAGACGUCACAACACGACACAUUCGCAACGGCUUUGAGUAUUGUGAAAUGCAAGUGUAUUUUCCUGUGCGUGCAAUGACUUUUCUUUCUCGAACUAUUCCAGAGUGUAACAAUCCACCAGCAACAAUUUCAGAGGGAACUUUUUUUUUAGAAGAUAAAUGCCCUCGAGGAAUCCGAUCUAGUCUUGUAAGAAGCUUCGAAAUACAGUACAUCGUAAGCAAUUAUCACACGUUCAGAUACCAUGUCGUUUGAUUGUUUGGGGCAAUAGUAAUAAUUUUUGAAUGAUAAGUAGUAAAUAUAUUGGUCGAUAUAUAAUGGUUACGGUAAUUGUCUCUGUCAGUCUACAAAGUUUCUUAUGCUUCCUAAUUCAUUUUAUCAGAGUGACGGUUACUACAACUUUGCUGCUAUCAUUUAUUGUAAUCGACGAUUCACAAUGAUUACCGAGUUACUGAGUUAUACAUUUAGCCAUAUUUAUGUGCUUAAUUUCAAUUAUUUACACAAAUACAUUUCCGGACGCUCGUGAAGAUGGUUUACUGGUAAAUAUUGUUCGGUUAUACUUACGUAUAUGUGCUGCGGCGUGGAUAAUAAAUGGCCGAGGUUAUUUGAAUGAAUCAGGACUACAUCACACAAUUUACUACAUAUACACUAACACAAUCGACUCUGUAUUUGCUGCGCACUGAAACUGAAGCAUGUUGCCGGCUCUUGAUAAUAGCCAACCGCAAACAUUCUUAUUUUUUCAUAUUAUAUAAAAGUUUAUACUACAACCAAAUUAUAAGAAUCUAUAUAUACCCGUCAGAGAAAGGAAACCCCAUUACAGUACUCGGGGUAGCUGCUAAUAACUACUUAAUAAAUACUACUUAAUUGUCUAUAUCACUUGGAAGCGAAUUAUAGUGAGUUUUUCAAAGAAGUUUUGUUUUAGAUGUGGCAAAAUUACUAAAUUAUUGCGCCAUUUUUUAACGAGUGUCCUGCGCAUCUUCGGACCUUCGUCAGUAAAUGAAGAUCGACAGAAUGAAGAAUGGCAAAAUACAAGUUAUGUUUACGAUUAUUCUAAAAUUUUAUAUGUCAUAAGAAAAUUUCACAAAUGAUCUGCACAAAUUGUGCACCAUGUGCCAGUGCUAAGCGCGAUUGUGAAGAGCGCACUUUACAUGAAGCCACAAUGUUCCUUGAAUUGUUAUUUUGCACUCAUUCAUUUUAAUUCUUCAAUAAAGUUAUUUAUACUUUUUAAGCGGCACAUUAAUAUGUUGAAAACUUACUUAUAUUUAUAAAUAAUUGAUUGAGAUUUAUGGUGUACCACUUUAGACUUUUUAUAGUACGCUAGUUAACAAAUUUAUAUUAAAAGAUAUUUAGAGUUUAUAUUUUGUUGUUCUGACAUUGAAUUAUGUCGCCGGAUUAGCCGAAAAGCACCAUUUAUUUAUGUACACUUCUAAGCUUAUUAAGAAUACUUGUUGACAGCGAUGCAGAAAAACAAUGUGUCAAUCUCUAUAUAUUCGCUGACCCACUCCAAAUGUACAUAUUCAUAUAGAUUAUGUACAUGAAAGUAUAAAUAAUAUAUAUAAUAUACAUACCUAUAUUAUCCAUAUAAAUAAUUACAUCAGCGUAAAUAAAUUUUAGAGAUUAGGAUUUUUAUACCGCGUGUAGACAUGAUAUAGCUUCAUACUUUCAACAACUGUAUUUGUUGCCAAUGCUCCAGUGGCAUUUGCAUCUCACUGCAGUAUUCGUGAAUUUAAACUAAUUAAAAAAGACUCAUGAUGCUGAUAAUUAUCAUAUUGAUCACGAUCAUUAACCAAAUACAUUACCUACAGCUACAGGCCCAUUAGCAAUGGAAAGAUUUUAAACUGAUGAAUAACCUAUAAGGAUAUAUUUAAGCUAUGGCUGCUGGGUUCUUUUUUUCGGGUUGCCCACUGGGAUGGAAUUCUACGUUUAAUGUCCCGUUACCACACGCCAUUGAGAUAGAAAAGAAGGUAUGCCAUUCAUAAAUUCUCUUUCGUAAUUAUCUCACAAUUAACGCGGCCUACUUUUACUGGUAAAAGCAUAAUAUGCUUUACUGGUAAAGACUACCUUUAAUGACUUAAUUUGAGUUAUCAUGCCUCUAACUUUUUCGCCGAAAAAAGUGCAAUUUUUCACUCGAGAGUAUUUUAAUGCUUCAACUGGAAGCCUACGUUAACAUAGAGACGGAAAACUAUCUUCAAGACAGCUAUCGCUCGUUCUAUGUCUAAGUCAGUAUUAUCGUGAUUCAUCACAUGAUUAUUGCGAGCUGCGUUGUCAUAUUGCCAGGACAGAGGCCUUAUCUCACGCGCAUUCCGAGUGACUCCGUCGUGUUGCCAACAUGGAGGACUUCGUCGUGUUGUCAACAUCAGUGGCUCCGUCUUGUUGCUGACGUGAUCCUGUGACCGACGGCAUCCUUGCGAUGACCGAGCUACCGUCAAUGCCGAUAACCUCGCCAGUAGCACUAAAGUCACCGGCCUUCAAUAGAGACGAUAAACUUUAAAAAUAAAACCACAUCUUUCUAGCGCAACCUUAACAGCUUUGUAGUCAUGUGGUUAUCGAAACCUUCAAAUCGUAGUUCUGACCAGUAUUAUAGGGUUUUUAGUAACGAGGGGUGAGGUAUGUGCAGUUUAUGUUGAGUGGCGACUUAUGUGGCAUUGACGGUACAAGAUGAUGUGACAUUUGAUAAGCGUAUUGCUGUUGGCUUUCGUUGCGAAAAGCAAGCGGAGCAGCGGUUUCUAACUUUUGAUAGCCGUGCCACUAGGGAACGCGAAGAGUUUUCAGGUGGAACAGCUUCACCUGAAAUUUUGGGCGUACAAACGAUUCAUAUUUAUUUAAUUAUUCUCUAAAUCUAAUUGAAGGGAUUUACAACAGAAUCUUCAAUGGUAAUCAGCUGAUGCCACACACCACCGACCUGAUUCUAGCGGCCUACUUUUAUAUUCAGACGUUACAUUCAAUUCAUGCGCUAAUAUCAGCAUUUUAGUGUACCGCUUGACUUGAACCGUUGGCCACGGUUAUCGAGUCAGUGGCGGUUGGCAUCAGUUGCAUUCAGAAAACAAAUUUAAUGCUAGGUAUACAAUGCUAAUAUAUAGCAUUAUUGGUGCGUUAUUGAAUCUGGUGGUACGCGCCGUCAAUCAAGAGGUCACCAAGAGGUACUCUACCAUUAAAAUGUUAUGAACCUAUGAACCACCGCAGUAGAGGUUAUAGUAAUAUACCUUAAGUGUUGGCAGCACGGCAGAUCUGGUCACACUGAUCCGUGUUACAAGGAGCGUACUUGACACGACUGUUAGUAGUCUUGGAAUGUAAGAGAUACGAGGAGUAUUAAAGCUAUGUUGUCCUAUCUACUCGAUUCACGUCAAAGUUGUCCUAGUUUAUAUUUGAAAAGAUUUAAAUACAUAAUAGGUGAUUU